CGUCGUAAGCCUAGUGCCAGUCGGCCUAAGGGCCGUUCACGUUUGCCUUGGGACCCUAAACGACCGCCAUCAUCAUCCACCCCCACCUCUAUCUCUUCCACUUGUACGAAUGGAGAUUCUGGACAAGCUAUCGCUCCAAUGGUCGCUGCUCUUAUCUCCUCUUCUCAACUCACUUCGGCCUCCCCUACUUGGAAUUCAGCAUCUUUUCCGAUCAAAGAUUCUGGCAGGAAUUCCGACAUUUAUAUUUCAGCACAGUGUCUGAGUCCUACCCAACCUGGAGUCUCAAAAAAGUCGAACAAUUUUGUCGCAACUGGUCAUACGAUCAGGCCUUUGAACUAG